CAAGAACUAGAGAGAGAAAAAAGCAAAAAAAAAAAUGCCCUUGGAAGGGAUUUAUUUAGAACCAACCUCAAAGAAGGCAGCAGUAUUACCUGAUCUCUCUCUACACAUUAGCCCACCAAACUGCGAUUCAUCUGCCUCAACAAGAAUAUCGAGAAACGACGUCGUUUCGAGGUUCGAUCUUUCGACUCCGAAGAACAACAACUCCUUCACCGAGCUCUCCUUAGCCCACCCAGCUAACGAAAUCGACCUUGGAAAUAGCUUUAAUGGCGGAAGAGGAAGAACCCAUCUUCACCACCACCACCACCACCGCCGUCAAGAAGAAGAGGGAGAAGUAGAAGAAGAAGAAGAACGGCCGCCGCCGCAAAACCCUUAUCACCAUAUCUACCACCAAACCCAAAUCAACAACCGUACUACUUUGCUUGAUGCAGCAGCAUCCGACGGUCUGAGGCCGAUCAAGGGCAUCCCGGUCUAUCCCAACCGUCCGUUCCCGUUCUUGGGACACGUGGACCAGGAUCCGAGGUUGCGGUUCGCCGGUGGCUUGGAUCACCAUAUGCCAUUGCUGAAUCUGGGACCUAGUAGUAAUGCUCCUCCCUCCUCCGCCUCCGCCGCCGCCGCCUACCGAGGCGGCGGCGUUGGUAGGUAUAAUGGGCUGUCGUCGUCGUCGGGCGGCGGGUACCAGGUUCACGGCCACCACCACAACUACAACCAUCACAACCAGUACGGUGGUGUGGGGCCCAGCCACGAGCAUCAUGGGAUAAUGAGAUCAAGAUUCCUUCCGAAGAUUCCGGCGAAACGGAGUAUGAGGGCUCCAAGAAUGAGGUGGACGAGUACUCUCCACAGCCGCUUUGUUCAUGCAGUUGAGCUUCUCGGCGGCCAUGAAAGGGCUACGCCAAAGUCAGUACUGGAGCUAAUGGAUGUCAAAGAUCUCACUCUUGCUCACGUCAAAAGCCAUUUACAGAUGUAUCGAACUAUUAAAACAACUGACAAGCCAGCAGCUUCUUCAGGGCAUUCAGACGGGUCGGGCGAAGACGAUUUGUCGACAUAGGGAGUAGUAGUGUCGGUGAACGGGUCGGGUUGAGGCAAUUCAUGGAUCAUAAUAAUAAUAAUAAUAAUAAUUCUUCUGUCGUCGGAUCUUUUCAACAACAACCUGAUCAUCAUCAUCUAAUUAACCCUUCCACCACUCCUACUUUGUGGAGCAACUCUUCAAGUAGCCGAGAGGGUUGGUUACAAACCAACGCUGGAGAAUCGCAUGGCCUCAUCGGAUCAUUGUCCUUUCCCUGACAACAAUCGAGAAUUAUUUACAUACAUCUUAUGAGAAGAAAAGGGACCAAAAAGCAAUAUUAAAUAAUGUCUAAUUAUAUUACAAAAACUCGAGCUUCGCGGUUUCACACUGGCCGGGGUGAAGGGAGAGCUUGUGAGUACGUAGUAGCUGAUAUUAAACAUCUCCAUUCGGAAUAUUGGAUUCUUGGUUUUUAUUUCUUCUCGGGUUCUUCGUUUUGUCAAGAAAAGUAAGGCACGAGAAAAAAAAUAAUAAUAAUAAUAUAAGUAUAUAUAUAUGUAUUUAUAUGCAUAUAUAAAGAGGUAUUGCCAAUGAAGAAGAUGAAGCAGCAUCAGCUCUAACUCAUUGGAAGUGUUAAAUUCAGCUUGGCUUGUCACUCAUAUAUUUUAACAUAUUUUUUUUUUACCUUAAUUUUUUUUUAUUACAUUUUGUUUCUAUCUUAGGAUCUCCAAAACCCUAGACAUAUUGGGGUAAUUAGUUGGAUUUUGGCUGCCAACAAUUUGCUAAUGUAACAAUUCAACUAUGUAUUUUGUUACGACGACGAUGUUUAUGUAUCGAAAAAUAAUGGUAGGUGUAAUUAUUGUUUCUCUAAGGACUAUGUGGUGUUCCUUUUUUC